GGCGGGCGGCGGCAGCGGCGGCGGGAGCGGGAGCGGGAGAUGGCCGGCCCGCAGCAGGCCCCGCACCUCCACCUGGCCGAGCUCACCGCCUCCCAGUUCCUCGACGUCUGGCGACACUUCGAUGCGGACGGAAAUGGCUACAUCGAAGGCAAAGAGCUGGAAAACUUCUUCCAGGAGCUGGAAAGCGCGAGGAAGGGGGCGGGUGUGGACUCCAAGAACGACAACUUGGGUGACAAGAUGAAGGAGUUCAUGCACAAGUAUGACAAAAAUGCGGACGGCAAAAUUGAGAUGGCGGAGCUGGCCCAGAUCCUGCCCACGGAGGAGAAUUUCCUGCUGUGUUUCCGCCAGCACGUGGGCUCCAGCUCGGAGUUCAUGGAGGCUUGGCGCAGGUACGACACGGACCGCAGCGGCUACAUCGAAGCCAACGAGCUCAAGGGCUUCUUGUCGGACCUGCUGAAGAAGGCGAACCGGCCCUACGACGAGCCCAAGCUGCAGGAGUACACGCAGACCAUCCUGCGGAUGUUCGACAUGAACGGCGACGGGAAGCUGGGCCUCUCGGAGAUGUCCCGUCUUUUGCCUGUGCAAGAAAACUUCCUUCUGAAGUUUCAGGGGAUGAAGCUGUCCUCAGAGGAGUUCAAUGCCAUCUUUGCCUUCUACGACAAGGACGGCAGCGGCUUCAUUGACGAGAACGAGCUGGACGCACUUUUGAAAGACCUGUACGAGAAGAAUAAGAAAGAGAUGAACAUCCAGCAGCUCACCAACUACAGAAAGAGCAUCAUGAACCUCUCCGACGGGGGCAAACUCUACCGCAAGGAAUUGGAGAUCGUGCUCUGCAACGAGCCCCCCAUGUAGGGGACCCCCCCCCGCCCACGCACUUUCACGCUCCUCAUCUUCCUCCCCAAAAAAAGAAGCACAAUGGGGGGAGCAGUCAACAACGCA